UCAAUGCCAAUCAAGUAUAUUAUUUUCCAGUAAUUUCAAUUUAAAUUUCGUACCACAAUGUUGCAAUAUAGUGCAAUAACGUUUAUUUUCUCAAGUGACAGCUUUUGGUUUUUAUUCAAUUUCUAUGAUCGCUCUUUCAGAUAGAGGUUAUAAUAUUGAUAUAGCAAACAUUUCAUACUUACAUUUAUGAUCAUUUAAAAAACAUGAAUCGAAUAAUACAUUCAUAUCAGAAACUACUAUCUGCUCACCCUUUUUUGGUUCAAACUGUCCAAACAGGAGUUCUAAUGGGAGUAGGUGAUGUUACAGCUCAGAGGUCUAGGUACUUUUAUGGUGGGUCCAGCUCUUGUUAUCUGGUAUAAAACAUUGAGUGUUGUUGUUAAAGGUAGUGGCAAAUCAGUGGUUCUCAAAAAGGUGGGAUUGGAUCAGCUGUGCUUCUCCCCCACUUUCAUAGGAUGUUUUCUAUGCGCCUUGGGAUUCGCGCAAGGAAAGGAUUUUCAACAAAUACGGAAGGAUAUAUCCAGGGAUUAUCAAGAUAUCCUUUUAACAAAUUAUAAAAUCUGGCCAUUAGUUCAACUUGGAAAUUUUUAUUUGACGCCACUCCAAUAUCAGACUCUGGUUGUGCAAGCUGUUGCAAUUUGUUGGAACACAUAUAUUUCUUGGAAAACACAAUUGCGCCAACAAGAUAAAAUUGAGAAGUGAAAGAAAUUGCUAGCUCAUUAUCUUUUUUUUAUAAAAAUUUUUGGUUAAUUACGAAAUAUCAUUAUAAGUCAAUAUAUUUUUUUGUUGAAUUAUAAGCAGAUCUAUUCAAAUAUACACAUCUACAAGAUAA